UUGCUAAACAUUUAGCCAUAAUGGCGCUCGAUAAUUCGUGGCACGUAAUUAAAACUGCUGCUGCAGAGAAUAAGCACGAGUUGGUAUUGUCAGGCUCUGAGAUUUCUGAAUUCAUCCAAAAAAGGGGAUUCGACAAGUCUUUGUUUGAUUUGCGGCAUUUAAAUUUUUUGGAAAUAACGCACACAUGCUUGCAAGAGGUGCCAGAGGAAAUCGGAAAAUUACAAAAUCUGACGAACCUGGUGCUGCAUUCAAAUGAGAUUAAUAAAAUACCUAGUACGAUUGGACAAUUAGAAAAACUCAAGGUUUUCGAUUGUUCUUUGAACAUUUUGAGCUCUAUACCGAAAGAAAUUGGCAAACUUCCGCAAUUGACAACAUUGAAUUUAAGCUUAAAUCGGUUAACUGUCAUUCCCACGCAAAUUGAAAAUGUUAAGUUGAGUAUUUUGAACCUUUCAAAUAAUAAGUUCGAAGUCUUUCCUGAUGUAUGUUAUGCAGAACUGGUUCAUCUGUCAGAAAUUGAUAUACGUGGGAAUUGUAUAAAGGAAAUUCCUUCAACUAUAAGCCAGCUUCUAUCCUUAAAAGUGUUAAAUGUAGCAAACAACAAAAUUUCAGUUAUUCCAGGUGAAAUUGCUGAUUGUAACAAGCUUAAGGAGCUACAUUUGGAAGGAAACAAAUUGGCAGAUAAAAGGCUAUCAAAGUUAGUGGAUCAAUGUCGUACUAAACAAAUAAUAGAAUAUAUAAGAGCGCAUUGUCCUAAACAAGAUGGUUCUACUGUUUCAAAUGCUAAAUCAAAAAAAGCAAAGAAAGCACAAAAAUUAUCAGAGUCUGAAGAUAACACCAAUGCAGUGGAUACUCUGUCAAAUAAACUAAAAGUAUUAAAAGUAACAAAUGAUACACCUCUAAUUAAAAUUACAAAACACGUGAAAAAUAUCAGACCCUAUAUUGCAAUUUCUAUUAUAAGAAAUAUCAAGUUUACAGAGGAUAGUUUCAAGAAAUUUAUUCAACUUCAAACUAAAUUACAUGAUGGCGUAUGUGAAAAAAGAAAUGCAGCUACUAUUGCUACACAUGAUUUAAAAUUAAUUCCUCCUGGUGACUUAACAUAUACAGCAAAACCACCAAAUGAAUUAGAGAUUAAACCAUUAAAACGAAAUAAAGUUUAUACUGGUACUGCAUUAUUUCAGCUACUACAGACUGAAGCAGAAAAUUUAAGGAAAGAAAAAAAACGCAAUGUAUAUUCUGGUCUUCAUAAAUAUCUUUACCUGUUAGAAGGUAAACCUCUGUUUCCAUGUUUACUAGAUUCUUCGGAACAAGUGAUAUCAUUUCCACCAAUAACAAACAGUGAUAUCACAAAAAUAUCAAUAAAUACUGAAGCAAUACUAAUAGAAGUAACCAGUAAUAGAUCACAUCAGAUUUGCAGAGAUGUAUUGAACGAAUUCUUAAAGGAAUUAGUUUCCACCGAUUUUGGAUAUCCCUCGGCUGACGACCAUAAUUUAGUUUUAGAACAAGUAAAAGUAGUAGAUAUGGAAGGAAAUAUGAAAUUUAUAUAUCCUUCAAGAACAGAUUCAAACUUUGAAAUAAGUUGGUAG